UUUGAGCAUCAUACUGGACACCAGUCGUUUGUAGAUGGCAGGCAAGCGGAAGCGCGACGCCUUCUCGGCGCACGAGAAGCUAGUGCACAAGAGCUGUUCGCUGCUGCAGCGUGAGGCGAAAAAGGUGCGCACGUUCCUGGUGCGCAAAGUGGUGCAGCAGCUGAAGCAGCUCCGCCAACAGCUCACAGAGCCAGUGGAGGAUGCGGCCAAGCAACAGAAGCGAGAACAGAAGCUGCGCCACAGUAUCGAGCGCUUCGAACGCGAGCACACGGCGCUCAAGACGCUAGAUCUGCAGAAACUAGUGGCUAGAGCCAGACUACAGACUGGCCUCGACAAGCCUCAGCCACAGACUGAGGAAAAUGAGCACGAGGAGGUAGAAGAAUGGGACGAGGAAGGCAGCGACGAAGAGAGUAGCGAGGAGAGCGAGGGAGAGCAGGAGACGGAGAAAGAUGAAUCUGUAGUGCAGCAGAGGUCCAUUGUUGCUGAGAAGGAGGCGGAAGAGAAGGAGCAGCAGAAGGAACCCACUAAGCAGAGCACAGAGCUCGAGGAGAAGUUGAUGGACCGUGUAUUGGCUCACAAGCAGAUCGUGCCGCUGCUUGACGCUAUUAAGAAGCUAGUGGAGAAGGAGGAAAAGGAGGCUGAGAAGAAGCGACGUGCGCAAGAGAAGCGUGCGCUGAAACGCGGACGCCACGAGUCGCUGGUCGGCAAUACUGGACGCAGUGGAGUAGCCCCGACUUCGUUGUUCCUUGGUUCUCUAUCUGGACGUGGAGGUCUGGAUGAUGAUCUGGAUAUGGGUAUGGAUGGAUAUGGCACAAUGGCUGGUGCAGACGAUGAUAUUGCGGAGUUCCUGGGUGAAAAGAAGAAGAAGAAGAACCGACCUGGUCAGAUGGCACGUCGCAUGAAGGCGAUUCGUAAGGAGGAGGCUCUAAAACGCAAGGAAGACCGCGCUAAGGGAAUCUUUGUGCCGCACAAGGACAACUCGACGUCAGUUGGUAAGUACGGACUGUCAGAGCGACCGAAGAAGGCCAAACCGAAGGCUAAACAGGGCAAGGGAGACAAGGCAGACAAGCAAAAGUCGCGUAGUGGCAAACCUAGUGAAGCUGCAAAGGCAGAGCCACAGAAGCAGAAGCAACGUGUCGCUCCUGCUCCAGUUGAGGCUGCACACCCGUCGUGGCUGGCCAAGCAAAAGCAAAAGGAGAAGGAGAAGAUCAGUUUGACCGCCUUCAGUGGCAAGAAGAUCACGUUCGACUAGCUUUUAACCAGAUAGACAAUCAAAAAGAAGGCCAGAGGGCAGUCUGCUGCCCAAUUGCCGGUAUAUUGUGUUGAUUCCAGUGAUUUCUUCUAGCU